UAGUUUCCGCCCAGAAUCGGGUUUAAUAUGGUUUAAUCACAUGUGACAUAUAAAUACCAUGCUUUCGUAAAUUGCACCACUUUCCAGCCAAGUCUCACUGGCACUAGACCGCAGGGGACUAUCUUAGAAAUGUACCGGCAUCAAUUUCUCCUCCUGGCCAUAUGCCUGAUCAUCACACAAGCAAGAGCAGAAAACAAGAAGCGAUCCCCUUCCGGCUACGGUCACAUCCCAAUCCGACAUAGCUACUCCGAGUACAACAACCGAGUGGCCAUCCCCGUACCACACCCCGUACCAGUCAGCGUACCACGAGCCGUACCAGUGCCGGUACAUGUCAGCGUGCCCGUAGAUAGUCCCCGUCCUGUACCAGUGCCCGUACCUCAACCUGUGCCUCACAUAAUAUCCCGACCUAUUGCCGUGCCAGUUGAUCGACCAGUUCCCGUACCAGUGUCUCAACCAGUACCAGUUACAGUUACACAAGGAGUCGGGAUUCCUGUCCCUCAACCGUAUGCAGUCAGUGUACCCGCCCCUGUACCUGUGAGAGUGCCUGUACCUGUGCCAGUAGCUACACAAGCGGUUGCCAUUGGUUCAAUCGGUUCUGGUGCCGCUGUCGGUGGACUUGGCGGCCUUGGCAUUGGUGGAUAUGGAGGAAUUGGUGGAGGAUAUGGAAUAGGUGGAGGAUAUGGAAUUGGUGGAGGAUAUGGAAUUGGCGGCAUCGGCAUUGGAGGAUUACAUUCAGGCGUUCCUGUAAUAUCAUCAAAAAUAGGUUCUAUUGGCCAUAUAGGUGGUUCAGUUAUUGGGUCUGGAUAUGGCGGAAUUCUACAUGGUGGCUACUCUGGAUAUGGAGGUGGAAUUCUCCAUGGUGACCAUUCUUUAUACUCACAUCAUUAAAGUUACCAUUUGUAUUGAGUAGUUUGUGGAAUGAUUUGCCAAAUAUUUGUAGAUAUUUUUGUAAAUGUAAUUUUUUGGUAAGGGGUCCCCUUGUUUUAGUUGAUCUAGUCCAAUGCCUUUUUUGAGUUGUUUUGUUUUGUGUUUUGGUGUUAGGGUGAAUUGUGUAAAAUGUGUAAAAGACUGAGAUGGUUACCUACUGUAAAGGCUUACAUACUGUUAAGCAUAUUAAGAAUAGUUUGUGAAUGGGAAGCUGGGGUCUUUGUCCACAAGGUUUUCACACGGUGAAGUUAUGGGUCACAGGCAAUUAAAGCGAGUUACGAACAUAUUAAGAUAGUUGCAGCCGUUCAAUAUCAGUGUAGUAUAAAUUAACAAAACAUAUUUUCA